CUACGAUUUUCCAGUCGUCCUCCGAAAAAUGUCCGGCAAGGGAAGGUGGGCCGUGGUAAUGGUCGAAAAAACAACAAGCCAAUUACACACAUAAAAACCCGCAAAGAUUUGCGCAAAGAAAAGCGACAACAGAAAAAGAUCAAUCGGUUCAACUACCACAACCGUAGCCGGAAAGAAAGAGAACAAAACGCGGCGAAUGGUAAUCGUUCCGAGCCGGGUAAAAAGCGCGGCAAACAGGGGGGCGACCAUUCCGAGGAUGAGGAGAUCGAUGAUUUUGCGGACGAAGAAAUUCCGUCCGACUUUAGUGAUCAGGAGGAAGAGGAAGAUACGAAAGGUGGUAAGCAAUCGCAAAGCAAACCAGCGAAGAGUUCUUUCACCAGCCAAAUGGAUGUAGAACGGGAGAAGGAAAUGAUGGAGUUGCGCCGCUACGAAGAUGGGUUGAAAUCGAACCGUAUCAAGCAGCUCGAAGCGGCAAACGAGGAAGACGACCGCAUAAUUCAAAAGUACGAAAAACUGUUAAAGAUAAAUCGGCGUAAAAACAAGGAAGGUGUACCGAAAAGCUUCAACGAUGGGCUGGACUAUGCGCUGGAACUGUGCACGGACGAGAGUAUAAAGAAAAUGUACGAGGCUGCGAAAGAAGCGGCCGAAUUGGAAGAAAACUCGUCCGAUGAGUUUGUGGAGGAUCUGAAGCAAGCGGUCGGAGGUGAUGCUAGCGACCAGAAGAGUGAUGGACAAUCGUCGAAAAGUGCAAAAAAACGGAAGCAAAUGUCCCCGAAGGAAAAGAGUCGAGUGAAAAAGUUGAAGCAAAUUGAGGAAAAAUACUUUGGCCUGGACGAGAUGGACGAUUUGGCCGAGUAUGAUUCGGAAAUGGACGAUGUGGGUGAGUAUGAUUCGGAGAUGGAGCUCGAUGAAGAUGCAGAAGAGGAUUACUCGGAAAAUGAUGAGCUGUAUGAUUCGGACGAGGAAAAUGAUGACCAGGUUGGAAACGAAAAUGGAAAACGAGUGAAGUUUGCUACUAAUGAAAAGGUGCAGCAGAAAAAAGGUAAACCCGCCGAAAGUGAGUCUGAGAACGAUUUCUACGACGAAGAAUAUGAUGAUUUGGAUGAUGAAGACAGUGCAGAUGAAGAAUCGGAUGAAGAUGAGGAACCAGCCAAAGUAAAGCUAAAUCCCAAGGGAAAAAGCAAAACCAACAAAACUAGUGAAAAGGUGGAAGAUAUUGAGGAAAGCGCUGGACGUUUUGUUUUGCUGAAGGGCAAGGCUAAAAAAUCCAGUAAACAACCAGACUCUGAAGAAGAUGAUGAUUUCGAUGAAGAUGAGGACGAUUUCGAUGAAGAAGACGAUGGACUGGAUGAUCUGUUUGAAGAUGCAUCUGAAUCGGAAAAGCUCUCCGAUGGCGGUACCAACGAUUAUAAGAAAACACCCUCCAAAGAUGACGGAACAUGGGAGGAUAUUUACGGCCGCAAGCGAGAUAAAGCGGGCAACAUUGUUAAGGAGGAAAGUACCGCGGGCAAUGGUAGAAAAUACGUUCCACCACACAUUCGCGCCAAACUGGAAGCGGAACAGGCAGCGAAAGGUAAUUCAGCUGACCCGAAGCAGCAGGAAAAGUUGCUCCGUUUAAAGCGUCAACUAAAAGGACAAAUUAAUCGUUUGGCCGAAUCGAAUGUACAUCGCAUUUCAAUCACACUCGACAAUCUGUACAUGCAAAAUGCACGCUACGACAUGAACAGUACCCUAACGUGUCUCAUCCUGGAAGCGAUCGUCGUCCCAACGCUAACACCCGAACGGAUGGUACUGGAGCACGUGCUGCUGGUAGCCAUUUUGCAUGCAAACGUGGGCAGUGAGGUGGGAUCACAUUUCCUGGAAACGAUUGUCGAACGUUUCUUGACGCUGUUGGGUCAGAUCGAAACUACUGCCAAUGAGGCAAAACAACUGGACAAUUGUGUUCAAAUUAUGUGCCACCUUUACACGUUCGACCUGGUAAAGUGUAAAAUGGUGCACGAGCUGAUGCAGAAGCUGAUUGAAUGCUUCAACGAGAAGGCAGUGGACUGUAUUUUGCUGGUGCUGCGUACUGUUGGUUUCAUCCUCCGCAAGGAUGAUCCGUUGGCGUUGAAGGAGCUAAUUAUUGCGAUCCAGAAAAAGGCCGCCAACGCACCGGACGUGCUGAAGAAUGACCCACGUGUAAAGUUUAUGCUGGAAUCUCUGCUGGCAGUGAAGAAUAAUAACAUGAACAAAAUACCCCAGUACGAUCCGACACUGGUGGAACACUUCCGGAAGCUACUGAAAGGCAUGAUCACGAGCGGAAAGUACGUCUCGACACUUAACAUCGGCAUACAAGACAUCAUCAACAUACCGGAGCGUGGCAAAUGGUGGCUAGUUGGAUCUGCCUGGCUCGGCAACAAAGAUAAUCCUUCCACUGCGGGUGGUUCAUCAACCGGGAACGCAUCCUCCCAGGUGGAAGGCCAGUACAGUGCGCAACUGCUGGAACUUGCUCGCCAGCAGCGAAUGAACACGGACGACCGUCGGAACGUGUUCUGCAUCGUUAUGAGCGCCGAAGACUAUCUGGAUGCGUUUGAGAAACUGCUUCGGCUAGCGAUCAAAGAUCUGCGCGUCGUCGUAUCCGUCAUCAUUCACUGCAGCCUGGCCGAGAAGGAAUACAAUCCGUACUAUAGUGUACUAUCGCAGAAGUUUUGUGACUACGAUAGACGCUACCAGCUCGCGAUCCAGUACGCACUGUGGGAUCGGUUGAAAGAGAUCCACUCACUGCAACAGCUGCAAGUGCGUAAUCUGGCCCGCUUCAUUACACACCUGGUGGCGGAGGGUGGUCUCGCACUGUCCUGUCUGAAGGUGAUCGAGUUUGCCGAGAUCGAUAAGGUGAAUUUGCGGCUAAUGCGACAGAUAAUGCUUGGGCUGUUGUUGCUGGAGGAGGAGAACAAGUGUUUGCAGGUGUUUAGUCGCAUUUCGGCGAGUCACAGACUAAAAUCGUUCAAAGAUGGUAUACGGCUGUUUAUGCAUCACUUUUUGGCACGGGGUAGUGGGUUGGGGAAGUUGCCUGAUGACGAACAAGCGAAGCUGUUGCAGGAUCGUAUCAAGCAGGCGGAUGAAUUGCUGUCAACGGAUACUAAAAUUGAGUAUGACGUUUAGA